UCACGUGAUGUUUACGUCAGAAAUGUAGAAAUGGCAGCUGGGGGCGACUGGGCAUCUUUGCCCAGUGUUGUCCUUGAGGAGAUAUUUUCGAUGCUCUUGCCCAAAGACAGAAUAAAUGCAUCCUCAAGUUGUCGCAGAUGGAGAGAAUACUUGUUCCUUCCCCAGUUUUGGACGGUUAUAUCAUUCAACCUGAAUUACAGGGGUCGCCUGAGGACCAAGUUCUUGUCAUCCAAAUGCGCGAAAUUCGCAAAGGAGGCAACGGUCGAAUUUAAUUCCACUCGAGGUUCACAAGUAUGGGAUUGUUCCAGGCUUUUGGAGCUCCUUUCGAGAAAUCGACAUUUAGAGUGUAUUUCAUUGCGGCCGUCAAAUUGUUACUUUGAUGGUGGGAGCGAGAGCCUACAGAGCUUUCUCGAAUCACUUCAGUUGCUCAUAAAAAGGAACAAACGACUUCUCCAUUUGUCCUUGGGAUGCACAGAGAUUCUUCUUCACAAUUCUCAAGAACUUUUUAAUCUCUUGGUCAAAUACCAUGCCCCCUAUCUUCAGUCUCUGCAUCUUGCCACUGUGAAAGAGGACACCAGCUCAUACGAUGUCCCUUAUAUCGGAAUAGACAAUUUUGCAGCUUUUGCGAAUUUGAGAGCCCUAAGCAUUGACUAUGAUUUCGUCACGCCAAAGUUUCUUGCAGUGCUGGCACAUCGUGAUCGAGGUGCCCCGCCUUUGCACUCGUUAUGUCUGCACAUUCACAGAGUCAAUCAAAGACAACCAACAGACAGCAUGUGGAAAGAAGUGUUGUCAGCAAACCUGAACAUGGAGCUCACUCUGAAUUUGGUUCAUUCUGUCGAUGGCCUUCAAGCUCUGCUAGAUGUGCUGAAACCCUCCAUGCCCCUGACUCACUAUCGACAGUACUUUUGUGGGGAUGUCAACGUGGCUUCGCUGAACAUGAUGAGCAGCCUAUAUUAUUCCACUCUCAGCUCCCUCACCAUUGUGGAGGCCAUCAAUCACCAGCCUAUCAACUACACAGUGAAUGACACAGAAGAUCCUUUCGUAAUGCUGGCAUGGCGGUGUACAAGGCUUCAGUCUCUGAAGCUGAUUGGUAUGUCUCUGGAUCAGAAGGAUUUGGUGGCCAUUGCCCGGCUGAGAUCUGGUUUGCAGCAGUUGACAGUACCAUCCUGCUGUGUGUUUUGGAAUGAGGAAGAUGAGGACUACUAUGAUGAAGACGAUGCACUGGUGGAUCUUGAGUACAAAAUUUCAGAAAGUCUUGGCAGACCAUGGCAACCUUUGUCAGAAUUCCUCAUCCCUCCAGCCGUCUUCUAUCAUGAUGCUGAUGCGGACAGUGCCUACAUGCCAGAGCUGCUGAAGGACCAGGAGUGGCAGCGGAAAUCCUAGUCUUGUGAUAUUCCACUCAGCCACUGUCGACAAAGACAGAUGUUAUACUAAACUGAUCCAUGCCGACAAUGACAAACGGGACAGUGUGCAAAUUUGUGCUGAAAUCGCACAUGUAAGGAAACUUGCACUUCAUGUUGAAUCCAUCAUUCCAUGCAUUAAAUAGUUGAUGGCUAAGUGUUUCAUAAUGAUGAGAAGUUGAGUGAAAAAAUUUAAGGUUUGGAAGGAAGUAAGCAGUCAAUUGUAUUUAUGGGAGAGACAAAAUUUGAAAGCCAACUGGUAUGUUAGCACCAUGAAGUGCAUGGCAAAGUUAACUGUGACUGAAAGUGUUUGAGAGUGGGGGGAAAAAAGCAUCUGUAUGAGGUGUCAUAAACGUCUGAUGGUUACAGAGUACCAACGUGAAGUAUGUUUUACAUCUUGAGCAACGAGGUGUUAUUUUAUUUCUUAUUUGGAUGUUCAGACUAAAGAAUGCACCCUCCUUCGACAUAUUUUGUUAUCUCAGUCCCAGAACAAAGUACAUUCUCCCCAGUGUUAUCUGCUACGAGGGGACACUGGGGGUUUUCAUAUACCUCUCCAUGAAAGACAGCAAUUCCACCUAACCUCAAAUGUUACACAAUGUAUCUUGUGGCGUAUGAUGAUGUGCAAAGGUAUAUAUAUUAUGGAGUCUAAUGAUAAAUGUAUCUCAAUACUCGAAGAUGCUGGUUUCCAAAUUCUUCUUUUGUGAAGAGUGGGAUUAAUACUGAAAAUGUUUUGUAAAUCUGGUCUGCUCAAAAGUGAACUUGGGUUUGCUGGUCUCUCAUGAACUAAAUCAUUUCGAAGUUGAAAGUCAUUUUGAACAUUUUUUUUGCUUUAAUUUAUAUAAGCUUUCAUAGCCCAUUUACAUAUCCACCGCUGAAAUUCAAGAGCUGUCAGGAAAAGUGAUACAGUGUAAUGUUCAAGUGAUUUCCUGUUUUUCUACAAAAACACGUUUAUUAUACAAACUGCUGUGGAAUGCUAAAUAAUUAGUUUCAUGCUUUGAGAAUCUUUUUAAUCUAUACCCAACAGUCAUUUUUUGUGUUUAUUUUGCUUUGAAUACCCUAAGUGGCAGCUUGCCUUAAAUUAGAAAUGAGGUGAAAAUUGUGGCAUUUAUUGCUUUUUUCAAUUACAAUCUUUUUGCCUUUAUCUAAUAUUUCUACGCAUUCAUUCAAUUAUCUCUUUAAAAUAAUGUUUUUCGCUCAAUGACAGUGAAUUUUAUAUAGCGCUACAUUUCCUGUCUUCGUUACCAGCAAAACGGAUUUACUAGCAAGGCCUUGAAUAAUACAAAGGAUCUGUGACUUUCAAGAUAAAUUAAGGCAAAUAGUGUUCAGAGUGUUACGAAAGAACUCAAUAUGAUCUCAGUACAACUUUUUAUGAGAUGUUUACCAAGUGCAGUAAAUGUUAAAUUACAGAUUACAUGAAUAACUUUGUAAUUCAGGUUCUUGAAAAAGAAAAACAAGUUUUUUGUUCUCACAGCCCAAAUACACCACACUAAUAUUCUCUUUGAAUGCCUGUACAAGACCAGAUUACCAUGAGAAAUAAUCAUUCAUGAGGUCUUUAAUAUUUUCUUUUGUUAUGCAGAUCAUCUGUUUUCGUUAAGAAAAUAACUACAAUAUUCAUACCUAUUUUUACUACCUGCGUGCUUGUGAUAUUGAAAAGUUUUCCAAGUCAGAGUACCCCUUGUUAGUGAAACAAAAUCUUACUUAGUUCUGCUUUGAAGCCCUGUCUCAAUCCGUCUGUGUGUCUGCCUCCUCUGUACUUCUUUCCAGCAUUCUCGUGUGUACUAGUUCAUGCCUUUAAUCUAGGUCCAUUUUGUACGUUAGGUUCUCCUCCUUGUAUGUCGGUAUAUUUGAUGAAAUAGGGUUGCUUUGAUUUCCCCCAUUUGGUGUGGGUGGGGAGUGAGAUAGGGUGGAUCAAUUUAACUGUUUGGGAAUUUUUCUCAAAAGGGUGGAUAAAGUUUCAGUUCAGUUUAUAUGAGGCUGCUUUUGCCCAGUUCCACUCAAAUCUCUGUUACGUUUUUUUUCUCCACUGAGGGAGGUGCUGUGAGCUCUGUUGAUAUCAUCGAUCUUAACAAUAUGCUCAAGUGUGGUUCAGAUCCUGAUAGGAAAUUAGAAGGCUGAGAGUGUCCUAGGACGAAGAGUAUUUUAUUUUUUUGUCAAAACUCUCGUGGCCCAAUCUUGCUGGAAGCACAAGUUCACAUCAAAGGUCAAGACCUCGUAAAUGAUCCACAAUAUCGAAACCCAUGCUAUUUCCUCUGCUCAUUGUUACUGUCUGUAUUUCACUUUUAUUUUAUUUUCCUGUCCUUUGCUGUUCCUCCCCUUGUUCUUCUCCGUGAUGCCGCACUGACAUCAUAUGUAUGUGGCAUUCUCCACCUGGAAUUGAUGAUCUCUCAAGAUGAAACUUACAGUUCUUAGGGAAGUUGGAAAAUGUGAUUUUUUUUUUUUUUCCUUCUUCUUUAUGUUGAGUAUUCCAUUGUGGAAGGUGAGGUUUGAUGGAGUUAGAUUGUUUUGGGUUGUUUUUUUCAGGUUGUUUUAUUCUGUGUGUAUAAACUAUCAAUGCAUUCUUGUAAUGUUUGCCUUAGUCUCUUUUCAUCCUUAUAAUGCUUCUGUAGAUAGGUAUUACUUAAACCUUCCACACAAGAAGUAAAUAUAGAUCUCUGUAAAACACCUUUUCAUGUAUUAAGCAGUAUCGUGAUUGUUGUAGACUUUUUGAUCAUUUUGAACAUUGGUUGAUUAGAUUUGUGAUACCUCGUUAGAUUUAUAUUGCUGAUGGUAUGCAGUGGGGGAGUUAUGGAUGUGAUCAGUUACAAAAAUAAUUAUGAGCUAGUACAUCCAAGGUCUAUCAGCAAUUGCACUGACAUAUAAAUGAUAUUAUUCAUCCCUCGAUUUUCCUUAUGCUUUGGACAAUUUAUAAAUUUUAUCCAAUACUUUUUAAUUGAAUUCAGAGCAUGUUUUUUAGUUUUAUUAGAGGAUUUUUUGUGUGGCUGUAGAUGACUGCUUAUUGAAAUUUUUAGCACAGUAGUGCAGACAUGCAUUUAGUAGGCAGUACCCAAAGAUGUAUUUCUCUAGCAGAAUCUGUGUAUGACUCGUACUAUUAGGAAAUAAGACAAGGGGCUAAAAGUAAGCUAAGACCAAAAAAAUGGAUAGUUGUCUUUUGAUUUUUUUUGGUCAAAUGUGGGUUAUUUUCAUUCUUCAUAAGAUUUUUCAUGAUCGAGUAAAAUAUGAAAUGUUCCUCGUCUUUUGCCUUAUGUUCAAAUGGAGUCAACUUCUGCACUGACGUGACAGUAAAACCACAGAGAUUUAUAGGAUGAAGCACAUUAAACUAAAAGUUUCCCUUCAGGGAACAGUCAUUUAUCAAUUGAGAAUGUUAAUCAUAUUAUGCUGAUAUCAUCUUUAUUAUUUGCUUUUUUUUCAUGCAAGUUUGUUUUUUUUUAAUCUGUGAAUUUGACUCAAAAAUAUGUGUUAAAGUUAAAGGUUGAAAAGUGCCACAUUCAGAUUAACAUAUGGCAGAUGGAUGUAACAUUCAUCCUUGUGUAUAAUUCAGAACUUUUCUGGAUCUUCUAAAAUAAUCAUUAGCUGCAUACUUAGAGACCAACUUUUUUUAAAAAGUGAACCCAUUUUUUUAGAAAUUCUCCAACUGCAAUAUGCGCAUGAUUUCCUACAUGCAAAGAAAAUGAAAGUUUAAAGAGCAUUUUUCUCCCACCGAUUCAUGCAGCAAAACUAUGUCAUGUUUCCACUAACUUCUAAACAUAAAAUCGGCCUUCAUGAUGAUUUGUGAAUAUUCAAGUUUCCCUUUUUUUGGCGUCGAGUCAUUUCUUAAUAUAUAUUUGUCUCAUUUCAUGUACUUGAAGUUUCUUAAACUGGACAUUUAGGACUAUCUGCUUUCUGCAUGAUGUUUAUAUUAUAUAUAUAGAAAAUAGAAAUUUUCUGAUCCAAGGAACAUCUCAUUGAUAAAUCCAAGUUGAAUGAAUGCUUCUAUAUUAAGCUCAAUGCUGACUCACCUAUUUGGCCAAGAAAGCCUCAUAUAUGUGUGUUUUAAUUUGUUUUUCAACUGUCAUGAAUUUUUUGAUUCACUGUACAUGUAUUAAGGUGUCAAAAUUUGGGGGCUUUUUUUUCCCUCAUAGCUUUAGGCCUUUGUAAUUAGACAAGUAUUCGGAAUGAAACAAACCAUCUUUCCCUGACUUGAGAGGAAUUCAGCCAGCGUCUGCAAUCUUGAGUGGAAAUAUCAAUGUGGGAUGCACAAGAAAUUCUUACUGGACAUAAGUCUCAUCAUAGUUAUCCCCAAAUACUGGUGACAGGAAAUGAUUAAGUGUCCAUGCCAGUUUUUUUUUCCUGUGAAUGGCUUCUGGCUGCAGUAAAUACUUUUUUUGGAAGAGGGCAUGGGUAUUUAGAUAUAAAUAUAUGUAAGUCCAUGUAGAGUAGUGCUAAACCGCUAGUAAAAUAAGUAGAACUUGUAAGUAAGUAAAAGUGAUAUUAUUGUGUUCAUUAUUCCAUACAAUAUUUUGUUAUCAUUCUCAAGCUGCCAUUGUUACUUCAUCUGCCCAUUGCCUGUGACAUUUACGGUCACCAAGAGAAUUCACAGAGAUAUACUUGUAUGACACUCCAGACUUGCUCCGAUCUGUUACUUUGAUGAUGACAAAACCCUCCGAUUCAUUUCAAAGGGUUUACAGUUGAGUUAAAAAAUUUUCGUUGUUAUUUUAUUCACCUCACUCGACCUUAUUGAUUGUGUACCAACACACAUUUGGCAAGCUUUUUUGACUGUGAUAAACAAAACAUAUUUCAUGACUUUUUUUCACCCAUGGAAGUUGUAAAGUCUGUGAUUUCCUCACAAGGAACUUGAGAGAAACUGUCAUUAUGCAUCAAAAAAACAUGCGAACUUGACAGAGUUCCAUCAGUUCAUACCACAUUCUAAAUGCAUGUACAGAACUAGACCAAAUUGAUGUGGGAACUAGCUCUGCUUCGACUUUUUAUUUAUGAAGAAGAACAUAUACAUUUUAUGUCCUGACUACAGAGUCAUUGGAACUCUACAAAGAGGAAUCAGAUCUCAUCCAUGUAAAACAUUUAUUGAUAUUUGUAUGACGAAAGGGCAAAGAUUUUCCUGCGCUGGGCUAGUGAUAAUCUGAGAGCUAUCUGUUGCUACCACAGUGCGAGUUACUUCUGUGUGUACCCAGGUCUCUGCAUUUUCGUACUUGGUGCUUGGCUAGGCUGCAGGUUCAUGAAUUCUGCAUUCUUCUUUAAAGUGGCUGGAUUUGAGACAAAGGGAAAAAACUUUACUGCCAGUCAGCCUCUUUUUUUUUAUUUUUGAAAACUCUCUUACAUAUUAAAUAAAGCAUUGCAACAUGUGUAUGAUAAUCAAUUCUACCCAUCCUAUGCUAGCAAUACAAGAGCUCGCAUAUUUCCAUCAGACAUCCCAAAGAUAAAGUCAACGAUGCGGACGUAUGUUCCCGACACUGCUCUAAAACUAUACAAGGAAAAGAAAAGAGUACUGUAGCAGUUACAGCUGGGCACAAAAACACCACCCCUGCUCGACUGUACUUUUUUCAAGUACCUAUAGUAAGAAGAUAUAUCGGGUAUUUCUAUUCUCUUGUCAGCUGUGAUAUCUGCAUACUGUUUUGAAACUUUAAACUGUGAUAUGCUUGAAAAUGGAAGCUUGUGAUUGUAAUUUCAAUACUGCUGAAAAUUUUCAGAACAACUUUUCCAGUCAUUUUCGGAGGACUGUAGUGAGUAUUGCACAACAUCAUAGGGCUAGAAAGAUUGACCAUCAGUAUAUUUCUCUUCUUUCAAAGAUCUACAUCUAUAAGAGAUUGUAUUUGGUUCUCUUGAUACAGAUUUUAGGGAUUAGAUAUAACGAGCAAUGGUAUGUUGCACAGCUGACCUAUGGUGUUAUAUACAUAUAUAUAUAUAUUUGGAUCCAAUUUCGAGAAAUAAAGCAUCGUUUGCAUAUGCUGCGAAUAAAGAAACAUGA